CCACGGCCCGGCGCGGCCUCGCGGGUGGGCGGCUGCGAUCUGCCGCGGCCGGCGAUGGGAGAUGGACGAAGCCGGCCGAGCGGCAGAAGCACUUGUGUGGGAUAAUGAUAUAUCAGCUCAUGCCCAGUCUGUUGCCAAGGCCAAAUAUGAAUUUUUGUUUGGCUUGGAAGAAGAGAAGCCUUCAGAAGUGGGUAGUGGCCAUGGAAGUAAUACUUUGCUGCCCCACACCAUCAUCAAUGAAUUUCCAGAGUAUGGCACUAUGGAGGCAAGUAGAGACACACUGAGGACUUCAUCAAAGAGCCAGUCAGAGGCUGUGACAUGCAGUCCAGAAGGACAGGACAGUCACCAGGUACCUGGCAGGUCUCUUCCCCAGUCUGUGGCUUCUGCGGAUGAGUCUAGAGCUCAGGUUAAGACAGCACAGCUGCUCACUGCAGAAGAAGGUUUGCAACCUGUGGGUAACUUGCCAGAAGUUAUGAAAAUUUCUCGACAGCUAGAAGAAACAAAGGUACAAGAGAGAGCAAAUACUUCUCUUGAUUCAGAAAAGCACAUGGAAAAAAAGAGUGUUCCUGGCUGCCAAAAUGUGCAGACAGCCAGAGAACCAGUUGCAGCAGGCCAAGAAAAACCCUCGGAUAUGCCUCUUCCAUCUGAGCGAACAGCUGAGGAAAAAAUGCAUUUGAUCAUAGAGAAAGAUCUGGCUGCAAUAUGGACUGAUGAAAAGCAGUCCGGGUCCUUACAAGCCACCAGUAAUAAAGCUGAGGAGGUCUGCACAGCAGAGGAGACAAGCUGUCAUAGACCAUCUGUGACAAACCUGGAAGGAGCCAGCAGAACGGAGGGGUGGGUGCAAUUUGAGGAGUUUUCAGCUUACAGUCAAGGCAAAAUGCGAAUGGGUCCUGAGAGGAGGCUCUCUAAGGAGGCAGCUGUGAGCAAACAUGUAGAAUUUCAAGGGGUGGAGAUUUUGUGGCUGCAAAAAGCAGAGGAGCAGAGCAGAAAGAAGCAUUCGCAGCUGGAGACCACAUCUGUGGAGAGGAAAGUGUUCCCUAAAACAUCUAGCCACUUGGUGCCACUGAUGGUUGUCCCCAGCUUGGUCACCUUGCCGGACGGUGCUAAGAGCGAGGUCUGGGAAGAGCCCAGGGUGGGAGCUGCCCAUGGAGCCACUCCUCUGGCACUGCUUGAUGAAAGUGGGGAGGAUGAAGUUUUUGUGAAGGACAAGAAGAACCGCAGCAAGGAGGAGACCACUGUGCUAGCGAGAGGCCAUGGCAGGAUCAUGGAGGACGGGGAAGCAGCCAUGGGAGGAUAUGAAGAUGUCCUUGGACAGAGGCACUCUGAUGUCUCCACCGAUCUGUACAGCUCGCAGUUUGAAAACAUCCUAGACAAUGCCUCUUUAUACUAUAGUGCGGAGUCUUUGGAGACAUUAUACUCAGAGCCUGAUAGCUACUUCAGUUUUGAGAUGCCACUCACUCCAAUGAUCCAGCAGCGUAUGAAGGAGGGCAGUCAGUUUUUGGAGCGGACUUCAGCCUCGGGACAGAUGGAUGUCUUUCAGCUUCCCCCUGACGGGGAAGUGAAGAGCUGCUGUGAAGGUAUCGCCAAUGGUUUAAGGAAUGUAAGUGAAACGCUCUUCAGAGGAGAUGUCACAGAAGUUCCUCAUCUGGGAAGCAAUGCUGAACUACAGAAUAUGGUGUUAGAUUCCAAUGCUGUAAUGGGGAGCAAUAAACUUCAGGAGAAAGAUGCUGCUGGAGCCCUUGGCCAUGAUCUCAGCAAUGGCAACAGCAGCGAUUUGGAAGCAGCCAGACACCUAGCUAAACGCCUCUACCAUCUGGACAGAUUCAAGCGCUCUGAUGUGGCAAAGCAUUUGGGUAAAAACAAUGAAUUCAGCAAGCUCGUGGCCGAAGAAUACCUUAAGUUUUUUGAUUUCACAGGCAUGACGCUGGACUUCUCACUCAGGAGUUUCUUUAAAGCCUUUUCACUUAUUGGAGAGACUCAAGAACGAGAGAGAAUUUUAGUCCACUUUUCCAGCAGAUACUAUCAGUGUAACCCAAACACCAUUUCUUCUGAAGAUGGAGUUCACUGUCUCACGUGUGCCCUGAUGCUGCUAAACACUGACCUGCAUGGCCAUAACAUUGGGAAAAAGAUGACUUGCCAAGAAUUCAUUGCUAACCUCCAGGGGAUGAACGAUGGUAAAGACUUCCAAAAAGGACUGUUGAAGGCCCUCUACAAUUCAAUCAAGAAUGAGAAGCUUGAAUGGGCAGUGGAUGAAGAAGAGAAAAAAAAACCUCAUUCGGAUGGUACAGAUGAAAAAGAUAAUGGGAAUCAGACAAAGGCUGUAAGUCGAGUUGGAAACUCUAACAACCCAUUCCUGGACAUCCCUCAUGACCCCAAUGCUGCUGUGUAUAAAACUGGAUUUCUGGCUCGGAAAAUCCAUGCAGAUAUGGAUGGAAAGAAAACUCCCUGGGGAAAGCGAGGCUGGAAAACCUUUUAUGCUGUGCUGAAGGGAACAGUCUUGUACUUGCAGAAGGAUGAGUACAAGCCAGAAAAGGCUUUGUCGGAGGAAGAUCUGAAGAAUGCAGUUAGUGUGCAUCAUGCACUGGCAUCCAAGGCAACAGACUACGAGAAGAAACCCAAUGUCCUCAAGCUUAAAACAGCAGAUUGGAGGGUCCUGCUUUUUCAAGCCCAGAGCCAAGAGGAAAUGCAGACCUGGAUCAACAAGAUUAACUGUGUGGCAGCUGUCUUCUCUGCACCACCAUUUCCAGCAGCAAUUGGCUCCCAGAAAAAGUUCAGUCGCCCACUCCUGCCAGCCACCACAACAAAGCUAUCUCAGGAUGAACAACUCAAAUCCCAUGAAACUAAGCUGAAGCAGAUCUCCACUGAACUUGCUGAACAUCGCUCCUAUCCUCCUGACAAGAAGCUCAAAGGCAAGGAAGUAGAUGAUUACAAACUGAAGGACCACUAUCUGGAGUUUGAGAAAAAUCGUUAUGAGAUUUACGUUGGCCUCCUGAAAGAAGGGGUGAAGGAGCUGCUGAGUGGAGGAGAGAAUGAUGUGUCAGAACUGAAGAAAUCCCACUCAAGUUCGUCGCUCAAUCAGGAGUCUCCAGUUAGUGCCAGCGUGAAACGCAGUGUCUCAGAGAGGAAGGACUACAGGCCAGAAACACCCAUCAUUAAGCAGAAGGUCACUUAGGGUGGAAAUGACAGCUAGGGGAACAGCCAUGCAGCAAAGUACCGGUGGUCAAAUUUUCUCCAUUUAAUAACCUGUCAUACAUAAAAAUAAGUGCAUCUGCCUGAAUGGGGUGUUAGUGACAUUUUCUAUUGUAUAUUUUGCUGUUUCUGUGCAGAUUGUGGGAGACGUCUUUGCUCCUGCUUUGCUUUGCUCUGUUAAUUUAUCAUUUAGCAAUUGAAGCAUUGGGACUUCUUUGUGUUCUGUUACUAAAGGAGCUGGGGGAGGGGUAGAGUGCUGUGACGUAUAUUCUGUCUCUUCCCCGUUUAUCUCCUCCCAUCGGCACGUGGCUUUCAUCUCUCAAGUCACUUGUCACUUUAUUUAUGUGGUGGGUUGGAAAAAUAACUGGACAAAUGCUGCAGCAUUGUGAAUACAAGCUGUAGCUGUGAGAAAUUUGUUCAAACAGGCAGCUGCAGAGGGCUGGAUAGAGUCUAGGAUACUGGGGACAGUGGUUUCCUGACAAUGCAGAGCAUGUUGGUACAGGUAAUUAGCAAUGGGUGCUGUGGUAAAUAGCCACUGUUGCUUGUUGUUAGUACAUUGACCCUGGACCCACAAAUGCAGAGGAUUGCAACCUGGAAAUCUCUGGCAGUGCUGGAAUGACAGCAUUGGAAUCAUUUGUUUGCUUCUUUCCAAGCAAAAAGUCUUCUCCUGAGUUAGCAGGCUGGGGGGUGUCCAAACCUGUGCUGUCUCUGUGGUCAGGGAGAUGAGGAAUUACCGAGUUGGAAUGAAUCAUGGGGUUGCAGCAGUGGCUGCUGUAGAUGUCAGCCAUAGCAACCUGUUUUAAAGACAAAGGGCCUCUGUGUAGUUUUUAACUAUACACUCUCACUUAGCUGCUAUGUAGAGCCUUAGGAUACAUUGUCUCCUGAUGCUCCACUUUCCAGGAGUUUCCUUCUUGGUGUGUGCAGAUGUAUGCAAUUUCUCUGAUAGUGACAGAGUACUUUGCCUUUUCUCUUCAGGAAGGGAUUCUCCUCAGCUGUUCAUUUUUCUGCUUUAGCUGAAAGGUGAAAGAGGAUGGGGCUAACUGGAGAAUGGCAUAGACCUGUUCUCACUCAGGGCCAGGGCUUGAUGCUAUCCUGGCUACUCCGUGCUGGAAGCUGGCACAAGGCAGCCUGACUGGCAGUUCCUACCCUUCACCUGCCAGUUGCCAGCUCACUAUGCAGCUCCAGCUCAUCCUGCAUCAAGCUUUCAGAGGGAAGUAGAGGCUGGGGAGAGACCACCAUGGGUAGAGCUUUCCAUACUUCAAUACCCUGUUUGGCCCACAGAUCCUUGCAGUAUUUGGCAGUCUUGAGUACAAAAAUGAUGCAGAAAUCAUUUGUCUGCUUCCCAGCCCCUCUUGCCUUACGGAAGCAAGAGCAUUGGCUUGCCUGGUACUGUACACUCUGAGUUUUAAUCUCUGAUUUGAUACUGGGUUGCUGGGUGAGCUCAGACAAGUCUCUCCCUCUUUGCCUCACCCUUGCCAUAUACAGAGUAGUAUAACCAUUCUGGUCCUUUUCACUGAGCACUGUGAGAGGUAAGGUUGAGGCCAGCUGAAAAAUGUUGAUUGCUGUUAUUUUAGUUAUGCCUGGCACACGGCAGCCAUCGUGAUGGAUGUAAUUCUUAAUGUAUAGAGAAACGUCAAGAUCAGUGCAAGGACUGUUUAGAAAUGUGCUGAUAUUUUCAGCCCAAAUAAUGUAGGGUCACACAUCAAGAAAAAUUACCAUCUGAUUGGAUGUGUGCUCUGCCAGACUUCCCAAAGUGUCCAAGUCAGUUAGUCUAGCUUAUUGAACUGCUGGUUCAGUGGACAGAAAAGGGAGCAAUCAGAGAGAUAGAAGGACCUUAACAGGUGCCACAUGACUUGCCUCCCCCACUGAGGACUGCUGUGCUUUCCCUGUGUGCUCACCAUUGGCUGUAACCAAGAGGACAUGCUCUCAGAUGCUUUAACACCAGGAGGUGCUGAAGUGCAUCAAUUCCUGCAGUUGCAGCCUGGCAGCAAAACCAAAUGGGACUGAUACCAUGUGUGAUAAUGCAUUUGCAUGACCCAUGUGUGAUGCGCACAUUUGGCGUUUGCCACUGAGAGUGGUUGCUACAUGCCAGGAGUCAGGAGGUCAGCACCUAGUGCUGUCAGCGUCUGUAAAAACUGCAGUCCUGAAUAGAAACUGUCAGUGCUUGUCUAGUGCUAUGGCUGUAGAAGUUAUGUGUGAUUAUGGUGGAGCAUGCGUUCAGUCCUCUUGCCGAAGAAAGAUUCUUUCAUUUACUGGAGCUGGAGGGACAGAGUGCAGCAUGCUGCACUGGGAGACUCACUGUGUGAUAGUGCUUAUUGGAAGGGAUUGUUCGAAUUAAUCAUAUCUGGUAGGUAAACAGCUUGUGGAGGGGGAACAAAGCCAGGAGGAGAUCCCUGCAGCUGUUCGUCAUAACUCUGGUGGUUUAAAACAAACAGUGGAGAGGGAGGUUAUGCUGAGAGGGAAGAAGACAUAUGGGAGAUGCUGAGUGCAUAUUUGAGAAGAAAACCUGCCCAGCUGUAUAUAGUGGCAUUUCGUAGAAAGCAUGUAACAGAAAUAGAAAAAAGGUGCAGGUUUGUAAAUGGGCCUUGCUUGUCUUUCAGAGCAGGGUUGUCUGGAUGAGCUUUUCAAUGCAGCCUGUAACAUGCAUAGCAAACCUCUUGUAAAUACAGAGUGCAUUGCUCCGAAAGGUGAAGAGGCGACAUUUAACUUUCUUUCUCAGCUUUUAAGAUGCUCUGUCUGCUGUAGGCUGCAGUUAAAUUGCUGAGCUCAAAAAGAAACAAUUCCUUUAAAAUGCAUUUCCCAGCUUUGACAGAGAAACUGGUUAAUUCCUUUUCCAAGUCGUUGCAGAGAUGGUUUGAAGCAAUAGGAAAGUCAAAAAGUGAACUGCAAAAAUGAUAUAUGUUUUUUAGGUUUUUAUUAUUUAUUUUCAGUUUCCAGGUAUACUUGCAAAUGGGUUAGGGUGUAAGCUUUAAAUCUUGUCUGUGCUUACCAAAUGCAGUUUUUCACUAUGAUUUUUAGUGAUUAAACAUUUGCUGAGCAUGGAGCACUCUUGGUGAGAUUGUUGAGGUGUGCAGAUUAGUUUACUGAGAAUUUGUCAGGUUCUGCUUGAGUUUUAAUUAAUGUCAUUUUGCUCCACUGCUUUACAAAUUCUAGGCAUCCCAGGCACCCAAGUGAAAAUGCACAUUUCAGAGGCCAAGAGAAAAAGGAGAUGCUGUCAUGAAAGCCUAAGCCUCCUGGACUCUCUUAGGAACAAGAUCAUCUACUAAGCAGUACUGUCAGUUGCUUGCUUUUUUUUCCCCACUGGUUUUGUAAAGGAUGGACACAGACACUCAGGGGGCAUCAGUGGUGCAUGUUGUUGGGUGGUACCAUGGGGAGUCUGACUGGAUGGCUUUGUAUGGUAUCAGUACCUUGCCUCUCUUUGGUGAAUGUUUGACCUCAGUGACUCAGGAGCUCCCGUUGUAAUAUGUAAGAGUAUUCUGCUGAGUUCCAGCCUUCCCCUGGGGCUGUCCCCACCAUGCAUCUGAUCUCAGUAUGGCUUCCUGGGGAUGCUCAGUAUGAGCUGAAGUUACGUGGGGCUUGUUUUGGGCCCCGUUCUGCGCAGGUAAAGCUGUGUCUAGAUGCUCAGUGUUAAGAUAUUGCAGUAGCAGCUCCUUCAUCAGCAGCUGACAGACCAGCGCUGGCGUGCGUGUGAGCGUAUGGCCCCCAGGGCAGCCUUUGUGUUGGUGCCUCUGGGGAGGCAUCAUUCUUCCUUGCCAUCCUCCCUGCUGCAGCAUGCCUCCUGGAAAUCGUCGCUCAGGCAAAGCCUCUGCCCACGUCGUGAGAGGGGGAUGUGGAGAAGGGAGCAGGAUGAGGCCAGCAUCCUUCUCUGAAGCACUGCUGGCUGCUCACAUACGUGGGCUCCUCUCCUGGCUGACAGAGGAGCGGCAGGAAGGUUUAGAUUAUGUCUGGAUGUGACAGCAGAGAGGGGAGGGAGGGACGGCAUCUUUGUGCUUCUCCUUCCUCUCCUGCAACCAAAGGUGAGAUACUGUCCCAAAACCAAAAUUGCGCUCUCCUUUGUAAGGCAGCAGGAUACUGAGAUUUUUGUCAGCAGUGCUGUGAAAGAAAAUCUCUGGCCUGGCUGUGUUUGUAUGCGUCUUGCAGAUAAAUCACGCAUGGACCAGUGAACAUGACUGCAGCUUUUUAAUCCAGUAUUUAUGUUGUGUCUUUAAUUGAUGUAGAGAGACAAGUCAGCCAGCAGGGUGAGUAAUGUAGCAGAGCUGUGGGGGAACACUGUUCAGCUGUGACGCCAACUCAGACACUUUUUCAUCUAUAGCCAGCCACUUGUAAAUGAUUACCAGAAGCUUCCUAAGGGCUGUAACAGCUCAUCCCUUAAGUGCUUUCUCCUUGAUCCUGCCUGCUCCCAGGGUGCUGCCUGUCCAAGUUUAGGGGCUCUUCUGGUGUGCAGUGUGCAGCAGAGCCCUGCUUUGAGCAGGAAUUUGAGCUAGCUGGCCUCCAGAGGUCCCUCAUGACCUGGAUCGCACUGGUGCCUUCCUGUAUUGAGGCUGGUUGUCCAUCUGGCUUGAAACAGCCAAGCUUUUGGCUCACUCCAGUGGGGCUGGGCUCCCAGUUGAUGAGAGCAGUUGCUUUGGUGAGUAGGUGGUUGUGGCAGUGGAGAAAGUCAGUUGCACCAGGGUUAUCUUUGCAUUUUUGGAGUGAUUGCACUGCAAUGUUCUUCUUGAAAAUGGGGAAGGUUUUUCUCUGCAGACGGCUUGUAGCUUGCCAUAUCUGCAUUCUCCAUCCCUAAAUCAAUUUUGGCCUUAUCACAGUUAGUCUGACAGCUCCUCCUCCUUUUCUGUCAAGCUGCUCCUGUCUGUCAUCUUAGCACCUCAGCUGCUUCUGUGUAACAGGUCUCUUUCCUUCCGUGCUUACAGAAAUGUGGAAAAUUUGACUGUCCCAUCUUGCCUUGAGAAAACCUGCUCUGAAGCAGUGCUGCAUCAAAUGGAUAACCCUUUGAGCAGCUUUCCCAUUCUGCUCGUUUGUAGCCUGUAUUUCCCAGCUACAUUUAUAGCUGGAAGUGUGAGACAGAGUUUCAGACUCCUGUGUUCCUCUUGUGUUGUGCUGCAUGGAUGCAAGGUCCCCCUCCCACACUUAGACCAGACACUUGUGACAUUCCUAGUCACCUCUCUACAAAUCUCAGAGGCAGAGGCAGCCUUCUGUGGGGAAACUCUGACACACUGUUUUGCAAGGAUUUGGGUACUUUCCCAAAUUCCAAGUCAUAAAUUUUAGGGAGCUAUGUGGGGAAAAAAAGAAAAAAAGACACCAUUUUCUGUCAGUGCCCCCAAGCACAGAGAGAUGAUAUCCAGAAAUACCAUCUGCUUUUGCGGAGGCAAAGGCGGUAUAACACCUUAUCUCAGGCAAUCUUCCAGGUUGCUGCCUGUUUAAACUUUACUCAGUGUGGGUCUCCUGAAACUUUGGGGUGCUACAUCUGCUCUGAGAGGGCAGUUCUGAAGUCCGCAUUUCACCAGUGUUCCCAGAGCAUGACUGAAGGUCCUCAGCGUGUGCUACUGGUGUCAGCUGCCCAGGCUGCCAGGAGGGGCAGGCUGAAGAAGCUUUGUCAGAAAUGUAUUUGAAAGAAAUGAUUUCCAGCUUAUGCUUUAUAGAGAGUAUUAUUUAUAGCAUAUAUUUGUGCAGUUUGCCUUCGCCUCUCCUCUUUGUCUCUGAGCUCUCCCAGCAGCAUAGGAAUGGCUUAGUGAACUGCUCCACCUGGGGUUUCUGAGCAUGUGCUCCAGCAAGAAGGGGCUUGUCAACCUCCAGAGAAACUGUAUUCCCCAAGCUAAGGACCAGUGUACGGGACCACUUCCCAUAUGGCUGAUGUUACUGAAGACAUUCAGAAAGCUGGAGCCACUCUCCAUGACUGUUUACUCCCUGGGACCUGGGGCACGCUGUGCUCCAGCAUUGCCCUUAGUGCUGGGAGAAAUUAGAAAUUCUGGCUUCCUUUUCCACAUACACUGUACUGCUUAGGAAACUGCCCUCGGUUUCUGUCACCAGCUGCUUCUCUCCCUUGUGACUGCAGCAGCCUCAUCCAAGGUUGUCACGGCUUCACUGGGAGAGGCUAAAUAAGAGUUAGGAAGAGGCUGCCCUGGAGGGAUGUGUCUGGAAACCCUCUGUGAGUGUCAGCUCUCCUGUUGGCAGCAUCCAGCUCAACAGUGAAAGGAGGCCAGCUUGGCCCUGCCUGCAAGUAGGUACCUUCCUCAUUUAUUUUGUUGGCUGCAUUGAAGCUCUAUGUUAAUUAUUUAUUAGAUAACUUUCAUUAACAAGUCCAAGUUACAGCUUUCCCAAAGGCUGCAUUGUUGUCCUGACCUUGUUGCUGUGGUCAAAAGGAGCAAAUAUAGGCCAGCACAAAGUACUUCUGUCAUUCCCUUUGAGCACUGAAGCAUUCUCUAAAAGUUAUAAAUUGUUAAACAAUAAGGGACCUACCAUGGCAUCUGCUGUUAAAACUGUGCCAGGAAUCAGCUGGAGUACAUGCCUAAGGUGUAUUUGGCCCGAGGAAAAAGUACGUUACUUAGCAAUGCAUGGUUUUAAAAUGCCACAAAUUACAAGGAUACAAACCAUUGCAACUAGCACCCACUCUGUAGCAGUGGUUUUGUCUGUAAUUCACCUAAACUAGACCAGCACAGCAAGAUGCAUUUUGCUCUAACAGACAAGGUUUCAGCUUUGCCUUGGGCAAUGUGAAUAUCCUUGUGUAAGGACUUAGCAGCUAGCCAACUGCUAUGGAGACAUGAUGGACACAAAGUCUUUUGUCUCCCCGGAGCCUCUUGCUGGGAAAAGGGUGAUCUGUGGUAUCCAGUCUGUGCUGCUUCACAAGGCACAUGCUAUUGACAGUAAAAGUCUUAAGGCACUUACACACUUAGGAAAACCUCGUGCUCAGUGCUGUCAAGUUCUGAAAAACUGUAGGAUGAGAAUGGUGGGGUAUUUUUUUUUUUUAUUUUUUUUUUAAUGUGUACAUAUUUGUGACAACUGUGUCCUCUUACUUGAGGCUAGGAUUAUAAUGUGGAUAAAAGAACAAAGUUUUCUGGCAGUUUGAAAACUUUAGAAUCAAUAGUCUCUGCGUGAGGUACAAUCUGAGGCUUACAGUACUUGGUGAAUGUGUUUAAGUAAUGCCUAUAGAUGUGUGUAUGUGUUUCAUAGGUAUAGUAUGGCUUCUGUGACUCAACACUCCAGAGCCUGCUGUUCUUUUCUGAGGCUUAUUUUGGUCAAAGCACUUAAGCAGCUGCAAACUUUGUUAGGAUGCUUGUUCUGAUUGUUCUCAAAAUAAGUUAAACAGUCAUCAGAGCUUUCGCAGAGUUAGGCUAUCCCUUGAGCUGUGCCUCCAUCUCCAUUGCGUUGCCCACCAGGGUCUGUGUGUUGCUGAAAGUGAAGGCAUAUAUUUGAGAGUCUAAGCAAGGAUCACUGGGUUCUAUUUUCUGCUAGCUCAACAUUGGUUUGUCUCCCUGUUGAUGUUAGCAGAUGCCUGUACCAUGAGCAUCAACGCCUACUUCUGAAAAUCACACUCUGAGGAUCAAUUAUACAGCUUUAUUUCUGAAAAUGUUGACCUCACUCUGUGAAAAUUCAGCAAGAGGAUGUCAUGUCCAAAAUUGUGUCCAAGCAGGACAGGUGUCUGUGAUGUCUCCUGCAGACAGAGUCAUACAGCAGUAGUGAGGGUUUGUUUCUGCAACUGUACAGUUUUCAAGAAGAGUGUUUGGUUUGUCAGUGGGGAAAAGAAGAGCAGUAGGAGUGAAAUAUCACUAUAAGGCAUCUUGUUUGACUCCCAAAGGUUUCCCUUGUGAGGUUUAAACAAGUCGUUAAGAAGUUGCUGGGCUAAGUAAAGGCAUAAGGAAGCUCAGUGGAUUUUCCUAUUCGCUCUAGGUAGUGGAACACUAGGACUAUCUGCAUUAUACUAAGAAAGAAGGAGCAAGGCCUGAGGUUGGGAUUCUUACCUGGAGUCAUAAAACUCUUAUCAUGCGGUUAGCUAGAAGUACUUGAGCAGCCUUGGUGAAGUCAUGGCUGUAUGCUUCACUGGACCUUGGCCAGAGUGGUAGCGUCUUGCAAGACUGAGAUGCAAGUUGACUGCAGCGGAGGGUGAAAUUAAGAGGGACAACUUCUUCAUCUUCCUUUGGGUCAGCUGUAAUCCUUUUUCAGGCACUGAGCUCUCCCUUGGGUUACCUGCCUCCCUUGGUGAUGUAGUGAGUAGAUGAGUUCGGAGUUGUAGUUAGGAAUUGGCACUUGCUCUCUGCCUGAGACAAUGCAGUUGAGAAAAAGCAUCGAAUUAACAGUUACUGUUGUAUAGUACCCCUGUGGGAACAGUAACCCUUGACAGCAGUAGUGCAAAGACCAUUUUGCACAUGCGUAUGCACACGCUGUGGAUCUCUUUUGUGCAGACCUAGCUUUACAGGGCCUAACAGCAGUCCUUGCAAGAUCUUUCCUCUCGGUGGCCUCCUGUCCCUUUUGCCAAGUGUAGGAACCUUCUUUCUAAUACUGUUCAGCUCAGUUUACUCUCAUCGCUGACUCAAUGGAGUGUUUUUCAUGCAACACACUAGAGACACAGUCCCGGUCUCACUGCUUUGUGGUACUUCUUGACUCUGCUGUGAAGCAGCAUUGAGGUAAUCACUGUAUCUUUUCCAGCAGCAUGAAAUUUGCUGCUCUGACUCUUGGUGUGGUCAGGUUUGAGGCUGUCUUACCACCAGGGCACUUUUUCCUGUCCUUGGGUGUGUUCACUGCCAGAAGAGCUCAUUACUCCUCGGUGGUCAGAGUCAGAGCUGUGCCGACGUAAUUCAAACCCUGGUUUAUGGGAGAUGUUUCCGUGUGCUGCUGAUGUCCAUAAGGACUCAAAAAUAUACUUGCUUACACAGAGAUGGUUUCCUGAAGCAGAGUUGUCAUUCUUUUCUACAGGUACCACAGGAUGCCCUCCCUUAUUCUGCUUCAUGUAACUGGUACUAGAAUGAUCAUUUCCUGAUAAAUGAAGGCACUUAAUCAGUCCUCUUCUCCAUGGAAGAAGGACUUUUGGGGAUAUUGUUAUAUCAUUUAAAAUAAUAUUUUGGAAUUUAAGUUUACAUUGCUUUAUUUUUCACUUGAGGUGACUGUAUAUAAAUAUUUUCCUCUAUUUUAUCAUUGCUGAUAAAGUAAGCCUACAGUAUACAUACAAAUAAUUUGCCUUUGGUGUAUUGAAACUGUGAGAUAUAAAGUAGAAUUCUCUCUUGUGUCCAUGUUCCUGACUAUUACUCUGUUCCUCUGUGUUUUUAUAAGUUGGAAUAAGUGUUGCUUGCGGGCAAAAGAGAGCCUGCAAGCUUCCCAAUAAUUUUUAUGUAAUUGAACUCAAGCAACCCUAGUGAAGGAUCUCACAUAUGUAUAAUGAUAUAUGUAUAUGUACAAACUUUAGAAAGAAAUAAACCAAAUGUAUUUCA